AUGGAGGACAUCGUUCGUUCCAAAUCCUCGAACUGCGACUGCUGUCGCAGUAUAUGCCGAUCGAGUGCGGCUAAAUCAACAUCUCAACGUCGCCGGUCGCAACCCGGUACAAUUCGCCAACUAUCCAAAAGCCUGGGGUCUUUCUACCAUACCCUCUUAAUCAUAAUUCUUAUUAUCUGCUUAUUGCCAGUAUCAUCCGUGGCUCGUCCAACUGCCAUCAUAUCAGAUCUAGUUCAAGUUUCAGACAUUCCACAAUCAGCCUCAAGCUCCACCAUUAAUACUGAUCUCAGUCCGAGUCUCCACGAGGGAUCUUCACCCACCGAGCCUCGCGACAAUAACCCCAUGAGCGAAGAUGAUAUCCGACAUGAAAUUCUUCGACGAGGCAUAGUGACCGCCAAUACCAAUGAUACAUCAGACUCAAUGCCAGAACCAUUCGAUACAUCAUCCAACAACUUCGCCAACUCAAGCUGUGUGAACUACUUCAAUACCUUCCUUGCCAACAAGACAGUAACAAACUGCCACGCCGUCUCUUUACUUCUCGAAAACUCCAAUAAAUUCUUCCACGAUUUAAGUUCUGCUUCCGCCACCUCGCGCGUCCUCGAUACUACAUGUUCCGAACCAGCUGCGAAGUGCCAGUCCAUCAUGACUGAAGUCGCCAAUGCGAUGCUGCGUAGCGAAAACUGUGGCACGGAUUACAAUGCAAACAAUUCCGUCGUCACAAGCACAUAUACUCAGCUUAUGGCCUUCGAACCUGUUUACCAAGCAACAUGUCUCACCGAUCCCGAUACACAAGACUACUGUUUCGUCGAUGCUGUCACUAACGCCACGGCGCCGAACGAUUACAAUGUUUAUUUUAUUCCGAUUGGAAAUCAACUUAGCAAGGGUACACUUACAUGCAACCGGUGCCUCAAAGCUACUAUGAAUAUUUACGCGAAAUGGGCUACAGUUGAUAAUCAAGCCCUCGACUCUACUUAUAUUCCCUCUGCCAAAAUAGUGAACGACUAUUGUGGAGCAGGCUUUGCAAAUACCACGAUUCAUGCUGGUACUAUCGUUGUUAAGCAAAGUGCAGCGGUUACUGGACCAUUACCCAAUCUCAGUCUUGCUGCCUCAAUACUUGGCUUUAUUUUCGGUGCUAUAUCUCUUGGGUUGUUUUGA